AUGCUGGGAGUUUUCCUCAUUGCAUCUAUGGCUGUUCUGGGGGUGACCACUCUGAUGGGGAUUAUCACAAAUUUUAUUAUUGUAGCGGUGAAUCUUGCUGAUAAGGUGAAGGGAAAAAAUCUCAGUUCUUCAGAUCUUAUCUUGGUCACUCUUGGAAUGUCAAAUAUAACAUUCCAAUUCACCAUGACAGCUAAUGACUUUGUGAGCAUAUUGUGGAGUGACCUGUAUUUUUCAGAUGCAGUUUAUGCCAUCUUUAAUGCUUUGCUGUUUUUACCUAUUUUCUCCAGCUUCUGGUUUACCGUCUGUCUUUGUGUUUAUUAUUGCUUACAAAUUGUCAUUUUCACUCAUCCUUUUCUUGUGCGCCUUAAACUGGGAAUCUCUAAGUUAGUACCAUGGCUACUUGUAGCUUCAGUGUUCAUCUCCAUGGCCAUCAGCAUUCCAGCUUUGUGGAGCACCUACAGGGAUGAUCAAAAUAAGAAUAUAUCAAGCAAUAUAUCAAGCAACCAGAGUUUAGAGAAGGAUGUACCCAAAUUAAGUGUCAUAUAUAUGAUUUCCAGCAACAUCCUUGGUUGUACUCUCCCUUUAGUGCUUGUUGCUGUUUCUAAUGGUUUAAUCAUCUAUUCACUUGCAAUUAACAGAAACAAAGAAGAAAAGAGCAAGAGUGAAGGACGGAGCCCCCGCACAGAAGCAAGAGAGCGGGCGGCAAGGACUGUUGGCAGCUUAUUGCUCCUCUACAUGUCAUUCUACAUCUCUGAGAUCAUUAUGUUUGUGGAUCUCUUCCCACCUAAUAGUCCUGGAUUUUGUGUCUGUUUGAUGGUUAUAUAUAUCUACUCCCCUGCACAAUCAGUGAUCCUGAUUCUUGGCAACCCAAAACUGAGAAAAGCAUUUCGGAGCAUACUCAAAAUCUUAGAGAGAUGGAAGCAGGAAAAGGUGAAAACACCAAAAAUAAUUUUUGUUACUCUUAAAGUUCACAAAACAGUUGGCACCUGA